CUGAACGGCCAUCUUGAGCUGCACCGUCGUAUCGUGCUCCUCGUCUUUCUCCCGAGUCGCAUUUUCCGCUCGUCCUUGUGAGCGACCGCGUCGCAUGCGCCGUUGCACAUGCGAGUCUCGUUGCAGAAUAGUGACCGCCGGUAACGUUCGUCGCUCCAAUCGUGCUUCCACCUGCUUCGCUUUCCGCACCUUCGCGCAUUCCUUCGAGGCCCUGCGUCGUCGCGCGCUGCCGACGUCAUUCGUCACUUCCUCUCUGUCGGAGUUUCCCGCGAGGCCCGCCCCCGGACAAGUGAGUCCGGAUAUUUUGGUGAUACCCGCCGUGGACCCUCUGCGAGAGGAGCUCGGCCGGAGGUAGGCCGGUGUGUGGCGGAGGAAGGCGCGAUCUCGACGGUGAGAGCGUAGCAGUCGAACGUAAAUGUCACGGACUCGGUCGCCGGUCGCGCGGCGGUCUGAUCGCGGAUACGGCUGUGCGAUCGUCUCGCGCUCCGUCCUCUCCGGAGUGUGCACUGAGGGAGCGGCGGCGAUGAGGAAACAGCCGGCAAGCGCAGCGGAAUAGUCGACCGGCCGCGUUAAUCCCCGCUGAUCCUGGAAGACAGCCGCGUCGUCGUCGUCGUCGUCGUCGUUGUCGUCGCGGAGGGAGGGGAAGGAUUGAAUCGCGAAAUCUCUCACGUCGCGCCGUGUCGUUAGCGCACAGCGAAAGUACAGUUCUUUGUUCGCCGAGUCUCUCUCUCUCUCUCUCUCUCUCUCUCUCUCUCUCUCUCUCGCCGAUGGACUGCUCGCGUGACUCGCGUGUCUGGCAUACAACAGUCCCAUUGUCGCCCGACGACAAUCGGCCGAUGGAGAGUAAGCUCUGAGGCGACCGACGAGCUUCCGCUUCCGAGUGCGUCGCUCGACUCGUCGAGGCACCGACGAGCAGCCACUUCGCGGUUCCUCCACGUCGCCGCCGCCGCCGCCGCCGCUGACGUGACGUGUGCCGCGGCUUGGUCGCGUCCGAUUCGUGUUCGGGUCGAGAGUGACCUCGCCGAGGGAGAUACGCGAGAUCUCGCGUGAGUGCAGCCUGACGACCACGACCACGACACCGAGAGCGGACACCUGGAGAUUCGAGAUGGGCUCGAAGAUAGAGUACGUUGAGUCGUCGCACAUGUACGCGACCAACUACAUCCGCAACUCCAAGGCGAUCGGAGUGUUGUGGGGUAUCUUCACCAUAUGCUACGCCAUCAUCGGUGUCGUCGCGUUCGUCACACCGGAAUGGCUGGGCGACCUCGAGCACGAGAACCCCGGGAGAUUCGGCCUGUGGACCAGGUGCAGCUACGGCGGCAACGGUGAGCUAGGCGAGGAGUGCAUCGGCCGAUUGGACGACCUGUCGACGAUCGCCAACGUUCCCUUCCGGGCCAGCACGAUUCUCGUCGGCAUCGCCGUCAUAAUCGCGCUCCUGGCGAUCUGCGCGAUGCUCAUGUUCUUCUUCUGCCAGAGCACGACCGUGUUCUACAUGUGCGCCUGGAUGCAGGUUGUGUCAGGAAUCUGCAUGGCGGUCGGAGUGUUCGUUUACCCGCUCGGCUGGGACUCGCCGGUGAUUCGCGCCGUCUGCGGCGCGGCCGCGUCCAGGUACAAUCCCGGCGCCUGUGCCGUGAGAUGGGCGAUACCGCUGGCAGCGAUCGCGGCUCUGGACGCCGGUACCUUGGCCGCCCUUGCCUUCAUCCUGGCCUCCAGACACGUAAGACUCCAGCCGGAGCCGUUCAACAAUGGAUCCCUGUACAAAGGCGAGGUGAAUCCGGGCUACGUGAACGAGGCGCAGAGCGUAGCGGGUUCUCGCAAGUCCCUGUCGCUGAGGCCGGUCCUCCUGGUGGCACCGCCAGAGCAGGACCGCUAUAGCGAGCUCUCCCGGGCGAAGUCGCACUCGCACCACAGCCUCUACACACCGGCGCCGUCGCACCCUGUGCACACCAUGUCGACGAAUACCCUCAACCACUCGCAGCACAACUUCCAGCUCUGAGACUGAGCGGCCGAGGUGUCGCGGCGCGGAGACCGAGCAGGGCACUGCUGUACAUAGCCGUGUACAUAAAGGAGAAACGGCGAAAAGGGAGAAAAGGGGGACGAAGAGGGAGGACUUUGGCGACGCAGUCGCUGCGCCGUGAUCGAGUGCGGUCGCGACUUGAGUCGCGACACAAUCGUGAUGUCGGGUCGUGAGAGAAACACGACGAUGCGAAUCGCCCGUCGGCGGUCGACGAGCGCGUUAUUUCGUUUGUGCCGUGAAUACCGCUAGCCUAGCCGUAUCCGUCGCUUCGACAUGUCUCGCCGACGAGAUGCGAGACGAGAGUCGUCUUCCUUAGACUAACGACUAAUCUAAAGAUACCUUGAGAGCAUGCGCGAUUAUCGUUGUAACUGACGUGAGCGUAUUGCGUAUCGUGUAAUCGUGUACCGUCGCUCGUCGACUUGUGGAAAACUUAUGAUUUUCUCUCUUUUUUUCUUCUUCAUAUUACAUACAAAGGAACGAGAUAUUUUUCUACCUAAGUUUCCCCCUUGGAGAUCCGUUCGAAGAAUAUAUACAUAUCUCUCUCAUACUUGUAUUUAUAUAUUAAUAUAUGUUUAUGUUAUAUGUACAUGUAAUUUUACAUUACUUAAGCGACUUCGUGACGCUCUGGAGAAGAAUUGUGUAUUAUAUAGGCCCUCUAAGAAACGCGUAGCGCGCUACCCACUAGACAAACGACCAUUUUCUUGCGUUGGAAUUACCCUAGCAAUUUUAUAAACGCUACGAUCCGUGCCGUAUUAUCGGAGCAGUGUGUCAAUCACGUUGUACAAUUAUAUAAGAUCCUAAUAAGAUCAUCGACGUGCCUUUACGAUGUAAUGUACUGAGAAUAAUAUUUUUGAAUUAAACCUUUUUGCCACGAG